AUGUCCCCAACGCCCAAACUAAUCCUCUAUCGCGGCUGGGACGACCCGGGCAACUACGUCUGGUCGCCGUUCGUCACCAAAGUCGAGCUGCGCCUCCGUGCAGCAGGAGUCGAAUACAAAGCUGCCUCAGGCUCCGUCAAGUCCGCGCCUCGCGGCAAGAUCCCUUACCUAACCAUCAACGAGACCGAGAGCCUCAGCGACUCGACUCUCAUCAUCGAGAACUUGACUUCCACCGGCCUCCUCCCCGAUGUCAACGCCACACUUGGUCCUGCCCAGCGCGCCCACGACCGCGCUCUCUGCGCUCUGCUCGAGGACAAACUGUAUUUCUACCACGUGAGCGCAGUCGUCGCAAGUAACUACUACGCCAUGCGCGACCAUGUGCUGUGCGCUCUGUCUUAUCCGGUGCGUGUCGUUGUCGGUUUGCUCAUCCACCGUGGCGUCAAGAGCCACCUUCAUGGCCAGGGCACGGGCCGCUUCACCGCCGAAGAGAUCGCCGCUUUCAGGCGACAGAUCUGGGAAAGCUUCGACGACCUGCUGAGGGAAGCGAAGGGAAAGCAAAGCGGCACCGCCGACGGAGAAAAGCCGUUUUGGAUCAUGGCUGGUGACGGUCCCACCGAGGCGGAUACGGUGCUCUUUGGCUUCGUUGUUUCCGUGCUCAUUUGUACUGCCUCCCCGGAGUCGCAGGAAGUCGUGCGCAGUUUUCCGACGGUUCUUGAGUACGCAGAGAAUCCAUGGUCGUUUCUUCCCAGAUUACAGGCACUGGGAGUGACCGCACGGAAUAUGGCAUUGGAUCAGUCCCUGAUGUUUGGAAAUACUCGUUGA